AUGUUAAACAUUACCCCAAAUCUCCAGGCGCCUAGCCAAUCGCUAUUCCAAAGAAAUUCAACAGGAUUCAACUUUGACAAUCGCGAACGCGACAACCAACUUGCUGAGCGCGAAGGAUUUAUUCCUAAGCCGCCAACGACCACCGGCUCCACUGUCGUGGGUAUAAAGUACCGUGACGGCGUCAUCCUGGCCACCGACAGACAGGGGACAGCCGACGGCAGGAUAACCACAAAUUGUAUGAAGAAAAUAUAUCGCUUGCAGGAGAACAUUUACGCAGGUGGAUCCGGGGUCUGUGGCGAUCUACACCAGGUCGCACGCCUCACUCGCGCCGAAAUGGAUCUGCAUCAACUCCAAAUGGGGUGCAAGGUGCCUGUCGUCUGCGCUAACCAUUUUGUCAAGCAUAUGCUGUACCGCUAUCAGGGCAACAUCAAGAUCACCAUGCUGAUCGGUGGGGUUGACAAUGGGGGGCCCAGUCUCUAUUCCACAUGGUUUGAGGGUAGCACGACAAAGAUUCCCUUCGCAGCUCAGGGCUCGGGAAACUGUGCUGCCCUACCUGUGCUGGAAAAAGGCUGGAACGCAAGUCUCGACGAGAAGAGUGCAGAGUCUCUAGCCAUCGAUGCGGUGAGAUCUGGCAUAAGAAACGAUCUGUAUUCUGGCUCCCCCAUCCAUAUCUGCAUUAUCCGCACCGAUUACUCGGUAUCACUAUAUGACAAGAUAUUCGCUGGGAUUCCUGUUCCCAGACCACCCGUAUUGAGAGUGAAACCCCAACCACCCAAAGUCCUUUUCGCAGCUGAUCAUACCUUGGAACCUAUUGCCAAUAGCAUGCAUAGCCUUCCACCAGAAUCCGAUCAGGUUGUGCCAAAGGGCACACGGACCGCUCUCGCAUUAGCACGUCUCAAGAGCAAGAAAAUUAAGGAAACAACGGAAAUCGAUGGUUAAACGUUUUCUAGAACAAGUUUUCGUCGUUUUUGUUCUCUUUCUUUCUUUGUUCAUUACGAUAACCCAACUAUAAAUUAUAGCUGUCAACUAAAGCCACUCUCAGCAGCAAACAAUACAAAUAUAAUUAAUCUUAACUCAA